AUGUCUCAGAGAUUCGUACUCUACGAUAAUGCGAAUAGUCCCUUCGGACAGAGGGUCAGGAUUGCACUUCGGGAGGCAAACGUCGAAUACACGUCCUUUGAAGUCGACACAGCAAACAAGCCGGCAUGGUUCGUCGAAAAAAUCAACCCCAUAGGAAAAGUCCCUGCGAUAUUAUACGGCGGUCCUGACGUCCCACCCGACCAACCCUCUCCCGACUCGGUCAAGCUCGCCGAGUCACACAUCAUCGCGGAGUUCAUCGCCGACCUGUACCCCGACUCCGGCCUCAUGCCCCGCGACCCCGUGCAGCGCGCCCACGUCCACCGCUUCGUCGACAUCGUCAAUACAAAAUUCACGCCCGAAAUCAUACCCUGGUUCGUUACUGGCGCUUCGUGGCAAGGGAUCGUCGACGCCCUGGUGGCGUUGCAGGAUCUUCUCCCGGAUGAUGCUGCGUUCGCGGUGGGCGGGAGCUUGACGCUGGCGGACGUCGCGUUCGUGCCUCUGUAUUCCAUGUUCUGGAUCAUGUGUGAGAAGGGGCUCUGUCUUGCUGAGGCUGCGCGGCCACGGGAUGUUGCUGAGAUAGUUAACGGGCCAGAGUUGGCGAAGCUGAAGGCGUAUGUGGACGGACUGCUCGUACGUCCAAGCAUCAAGGCUGCGGUCGACCAGGAGCGACAGGAAAAGUAUCUGAGGAAAUUUGUUGCUGGGGCCCACCGACACGAUUAGCUAAAUCGUUUCC